AACAACACCAGGCUUUGAGAAAGAGGAGAGGCCCAGGGAACAGACUCUAGGAGAAACACUUGAGUGGUAUAAGUAGAGUUUUACUUUUUAUUCUGUGAAUGUAGUAAAUGAUACAUGCAAAUUAGAAACGUGAAAGUAAAAUUCUGGUCUUUCCAUUCGGAAGCCUGUUGGGUUUUGAGCAGUUCUCCCAGGAGUUAGAAGACCAUUCCGGAAGAGCUGCCUCCAGCCAGUCCCUGCACUGCACGCGCUGCUACAAUGUUUAGGAUUGGGAGGAGACAGCUCUGGAAGCAGAGUGUCACCCGAGUUUUAACGCAAAGGCUGAAGGAAGAGAAGGAAGCCAAGCGGGCUCUUUUGGAUGGGAGGCAUAACUACUUAUUUGCAAUCGUGGCUUGCUGUUUGGACCUGAACAAAACUGAAGUGGAGGAUGCCAUUCUUGAGGGGAAUCAGAUUGAAAGAAUCGAUGAACUUUUUGCUGUUGGAGGUCCCCGACACCUCAUGUUUUACUAUCAAGAUGUGGAGGUAGCAGAAACAGGACAGCUUGGCUCUCUAGGAGGGGUAAAUCUUGUUUCUGGAAAGAUUAAAAAACCUAAGGUGUUCGUGACUGAGGGAAAAGAUGUGGCCCUUACUGGGGCAUGUGUGUUCUUCAUCAGGACCGACCCUUCUAAAGCCAUCACCCCUGACAACAUCCACCGGGAGGUGAGCUUUAACAUGUUAGAUGCUGCAGAUGGAGGCCUGCUCAACAGUGUAAGGCGUUUGCUGUCGGACAUCUUCAUUCCUGCUCUCAGAGCCACGAGCCAUGGCUGGGGCGAGCUUGAGGGCCUGCAGGACACAGCUCAUGUCCGGCAGGAGUUCCUGAGCUCCCUGGAAGGCUUUGUGAAUGUCCUUUUGGGUGCACAGGAGAGUUUGAAGGAGAAGGUGAACCUUCGAAAAUGUGGCAUACUUGAACUGAAAACCCUAAAGGAACCUAUGGACUACUUGACUCUAGCAAAUAACCCUGAGACUUUGGAAAAAAUAGAGGAUUGUAUGAAAGUAUGGAUCAAACAGACAGAACAGGUUCUUGCUGAAAACAAUCAGCUGCGGAAGGAAGCAGAUGACGUUGGGCCACGAGCAGAGCUGGAGUACUGGAAGAAAAGGCUCUCCAAGUUUAACUACCUCUUGGAACAACUGAAAAGUCCUGAUGUGAAGGCCGUGCUGGCAGUGCUUGCAGCGGCCAAGUCAAAACUGCUGAAGACUUGGCGGGAGACAGAUAUUCGAAUCACUGAUGCAACUAACGAAGCAAAGGACAAUGUGAAAUACUUGUAUACACUGGAAAAAUGUUGUGACCCUUUGUACAGCAGUGAUCCACUGUCCAUGAUGGAUGCUAUUCCUACACUAAUAAAUGCAAUUAAAAUGAUCUAUAGUAUCUCUCAUUAUUAUAACACCUCUGAGAAGAUCACAUCUCUGUUUGUAAAGGUGACAAAUCAGAUUAUAUCUUCAUGUAAAGCCUAUAUUACCAAUAAUGGAACUGCUUCCAUCUGGAACCAGCCACAGGAUGUUGUUGUAGAAAAGAUAUUAUCUGCGAUUAAACUGAAACAGGAAUACCAGCACUGCUUUCACAAGACAAAACAAAAGCUUAAACAAGAUCCAAAUGCAAAGCAGUUUGAUUUUAGUGAGAUGUAUAUUUUUGGAAAAUUUGAAACUUUUCACCGACGCCUUGCCAAGAUAAUAGACAUCUUUACAAUCCUCAGGACGUAUUCAGUCCUGCAAGAUUCUACAAUUGAGGGGCUGGAAGACAUAGUCACUAAAUACCAGGGCAUUGUGGCAACCAUAAAGAAAAAGGAAUAUAAUUUCUUAGACCAGCGGAAAAUGGAUUUUGACCAAGAUUGUGAAGAGUUUUGCAAGCAGACUAGUGACCUUCAUAAUGAGUUGCAGAAGUUCAUGGAUAUUACAUUUGAAAAGAUUCAAAACACAAAUCAAGCUCUAAGAAUGUUGAAGAAAUUUGAAAGAUUGAAUAUACCUAACCUUGGUAUUGAUGAUAAAUAUCGACUUAUCCUUGAGAACUAUGGUGCUGACAUUGAUACGAUUUCAAAGCUGUAUACAAAGCAGAAAUACGAUCCUCCUCUGGCUCGAAACCAGCCUCCCAUCGCUGGGAAGAUCCUGUGGGCCCGCCAGCUCUUCCACAGGAUUCAGCAGCCCAUGCAGCUUUUCCAGCAGCACCCAACUGUGCUAAGCACGGCAGAAGCCAAACCUGUAAUUCGCAGUUACAACAGGAUGGCCAAAGUCCUCCUGGAGUUUGAGGUCCUCUUCCACAGGGCGUGGCUUCGGCAGAUUGAAGAAAUUCAUGUAGGUCUUGAGGCUUCAUUAUUGGUGAAGGCUCCAGGCACAGGGGAAUUGUUUGUAAACUUUGAUCCUCAGAUAUUAAUCUUAUUUAGAGAAACAGAGUGCAUGUCCCAGAUGGGUCUGGAAGUCUCACCAUUGGCAGCUUCCCUCUUCCAGAAACGAGACAGAUACAAAAGGAACUUCAGUAACAUGAAGAUGAUGCUAGCUGAAUAUCAGAGAGUGAAGUCAAAAAUGCCUCCUGCCAUUGAGCAACUGAUGAUCCCUCACUUGGCCAAAGUGGAUGAAGCUCUCCAACCUGGCUUGGCUGCACUGACCUGGACGUCUCUGAAUAUUCAGGCGUAUUUAGAAAACACUUUUGCAAAGAUCAAGGACCUGGAGUUGCUCCUUGACAGGGUCAAUGAUUUGAUUGAGUUCCGCAUUGAUGCUAUUCUAGAAGAAAUGGGCAGCACGCCUCUUUGUCAGCUUCCCCAGGAGGGGCCGCUUACCUGUGAAGAGUUUCUCCAGAUGACAAAGGAUCUUUGCGUAAACGGUGCACAAAUACUACAUUUUAAAAGCUCAUUAGUGGAGGAGGCAGUCAAUGAGCUUGUAAAUAUGUUGCUGGAUGUGGAAGUUUUAUCUAAAGAAGAUAGUGAAAAAAUAUCCAAUGAGAAUAGUGUGAAUUCCAAAAAUGAAAGUUCAGCAAAAAGAGAAGAAGGAAAUUUUGACACCUUGACAUCAUCCAUCAGUGCUAGGGCUGAUGCCCUGCUUUUGACAACAGUCUCGAGGAAAAAGAAAGAAACUGAGAUGUUAGGGGAAGAAGCCCGCGAGUUGCUCUCUCAUUUCAACCAUCAGAACAUGGAUGCUCUUCUGAAAGUUACAAGGAAUACACUAGAGGCCAUUCGCAAACACAUUCAUUCCUCUCACACAAUUAACUUCCGGGACAGUAACAGUGGCUUUAACAUAAAGCAGAACAGUGUGCCCAUUUUCCGGGCAAGUGUCACUCUGGCCAUUCCCAACAUCACCAUGGCCCCUGCCCUGGAAGAUGUACAGCAGACCCUGAACAAAGCUGUGGAGUGCAUCAUCAGUGUCCCGAAGGGGAUUGGACAGUGGAGCAGCGAACUGAGGUCCAAGAAAAAGAUACAAGAAAGAAAAAUGGCUGCUUUGCAGAGUAAUGAAGACAGUGAUUCUGAUGUUGAAAAUGAACUUCAAGAUACCUUGGAGAUAGCAUCUAUAAAUUUACCCAUUCCUGUGCAAACCAAGAACUAUUAUAAGAAUGUUUCUGAAAACAAAGAGAUUGUAAAAUUAGUUUCUGUGCUUAGCACAAUUAUCAACUCCACCAAAAAGGAGGUUGUUACAUGCAUGGAUUGCUUCAAACGCUACAAUCACAUUUGGCAAAAGGAGAAAGAAGAAGCCAUUAAGACAUUUAUUACACAGAGCCCCUUGCUUUCUGAAUUUGAGUCCCAGAUUCUCUAUUUCCAAAACCUAGAGCAGGAAAUUAAUGCUGAGCCUGAAUAUAUCUGUGUAGGUUCCAUUGCUCUGUACACAGCUGACUUGAAGUUUUCCCUGACUGCCGAGACAAAGACCUGGAUGGUUGUCAUUGGACGCCACUGUAACAAAAAAUACCGGAGUGAGAUGGAAAACAUUUUUACCCUUAUUGAAGAAUUCAAUAAGAAACUAAAUCGUCCAAUUAAGGACCUGGAUGAUAUUCGGAUUGCAAUGGCAGCACUGAAAGAAAUAAGGGAGCAGGAAAUCUCCAUUGACUUUCAAGUAGGGCCUAUCGAGGAAUCUUAUGCCCUGCUUAACAGAUAUGGACUUCUGAUAGCAAAGGAAGAGAUGGACAAAGUUGAUACACUGCACUAUGCUUGGGAGAAGCUGCUGGCACGUGCUGGUGAAGUCCAGAAUGAAUUAGUCUCACUACAGCCCAGUUUUAAGAAAGAGCUUACUAGUGCUGUGGAGGUAUUCCUCCAAGACUGUCACCAGUUUUAUCUGGACUAUGAUUUGAAUGGUCCAAUGGCUAGUGGCUUGAAGCCCCAGGAAGCCAGUGACAGGCUUAUCAUGUUUCAGAAUCAAUUUGACAAUAUCUAUCGGAAAUACAUCACAUAUACUGGAGGAGAGGAGCUUUUAGGCCUGCCAGUUACACAGUAUCCUCAGCUUCUCGAAAUAAAGAAGCAACUAAAUCUUCUACAGAAAAUAUACACUCUCUACAACAGUGUCAUAGAGACUGUAAAUAGUUACUAUGAUAUUCUUUGGUCAGAGGUGAAUAUUGAAAAAAUCAACAAUGAACUCUUAGAAUUCCAGAACAGGUGUCGGAAGCUGCCCCGGGCUUUGAAGGACUGGCAGGCUUUUUUGGACCUGAAGAAGAUCAUUGAUGAUUUCAGUGAGUGUUGCCCACUGCUGGAAUACAUGGCCAGUAAAGCCAUGAUGGAGCGACACUGGGAAAGGAUAACCACCCUCACUGGGCACAGCCUGGAUGUGGGGAAUGAAAGCUUUAAGUUAAGAAAUAUCAUGGAGGCACCUCUGCUGAAAUACAAAGAGGAAAUAGAGGACAUCUGUAUCAGUGCGGUGAAAGAGAGAGACAUUGAGCAAAAGCUGAAGCAAGUGAUUAAUGAAUGGGACAACAAAAUGUUCACCUUUGGCAGCUUUAAAACCCGUGGAGAGCUCCUCUUGCGAGGAGACAGUACCUCGGAAAUCAUCGCCAACAUGGAGGACAGUUUGAUGUUGCUGGGUUCCCUACUGAGCAACAGGUACAAUAUGCCAUUCAAAGCUCAGAUUCAAAAAUGGGUGCAGUACCUUUCCAACUCAACAGACAUCAUCGAGCGCUGGAUGACGGUGCAAAAUCUGUGGAUUUAUUUAGAAGCCGUUUUUGUGGGAGGAGACAUUGCCAAGCAGCUGCCCAAGGAAGCCAAGCGCUUUUCUAACAUAGAUAAAUCUUGGGUGAAGAUCAUGACUCGGGCACAUGAAGUUCCCAACGUAGUUCAGUGCUGUGUUGGAGAUGAGACCCUGGGGCAGCUGUUACCGCACUUGCUGGACCAGUUGGAAAUAUGCCAGAAAUCCCUUACUGGGUACUUGGAGAAGAAACGACUGUGCUUUCCUCGGUUUUUCUUCGUCUCAGAUCCUGCCCUUCUAGAGAUUCUGGGCCAGGCGUCCGACUCCCACACUAUACAGGCCCAUUUGCUGAACGUGUUUGACAACAUCAAAUCUGUCAAGUUCCAUGAAAAGAUCUAUGAUCGAAUUCUGUCAAUUUCCUCUCGAGAGGGUGAGACGAUUGAACUGAAUAAGCCUGUCAUGGCAGAGGGCAAUGUAGAAGUUUGGCUUAAUUCUCUCUUGGAAGAAUCUCAGUCCUCGUUGCAUCUUGUAAUUCGCCAGGCAGCUGCAAAUAUUCAAGAAGCAGAUUUCCAACUAAUGGAAUUUCUUUCAUCCUUCCCUGCUCAGGUUGGAUUAUUAGGAAUUCAAAUGAUAUGGACACGGGAUUCAGAGGAAGCCCUUAGAAAUGCCAAGUUUGAUAAGAAAAUCAUGCAGAAAACGAAUCAGUCUUUUCUGGAGCUACUCAAUACUCUGAUAGACAUCACCACGAGGGACCUGAGUUCCACAGAACGAGUGAAAUAUGAGACUCUGAUUACUAUCCAUGUGCACCAAAGGGACAUCUUUGAUGACCUGUGCCAUAUGCAUAUCAAGAGCCCUAUGGACUUUGAAUGGCUGAAACAGUGCAGAUUUUAUUUUAACGAAGAUUCUGACAAGAUGAUGAUUCACAUCACAGAUGUGGCUUUCAUAUACCAGAAUGAAUUUUUAGGCUGCACUGACAGGCUUGUCAUAACUCCACUUACAGACAGAUGUUACAUCACGCUGGCUCAGGCUCUGGGAAUGAGCAUGGGGGGAGCUCCUGCUGGACCUGCAGGCACAGGCAAAACAGAAACCACGAAGGACAUGGGGCGAUGCCUUGGGAAAUAUGUUGUGGUUUUCAACUGUUCAGACCAAAUGGAUUUCCGAGGACUUGGACGGAUUUUUAAAGGACUGGCACAGUCUGGAUCCUGGGGCUGUUUUGAUGAGUUUAACCGUAUCGAUCUACCAGUUCUCUCGGUUGCAGCCCAGCAAAUUUCCAUUAUUCUGACAUGUAAAAAGGAGCGCAAAAAGUCUUUUAUUUUUACUGAUGGAGAUAAUGUGACUAUGAACCCUGAAUUUGGGCUUUUCUUAACCAUGAAUCCUGGCUAUGCUGGACGGCAGGAACUCCCUGAAAACUUGAAGAUUAAUUUCCGCUCGGUGGCCAUGAUGGUCCCUGACCGUCAGAUUAUCAUAAGGGUGAAGUUGGCUAGUUGUGGCUUCAUUGACAAUGUUGUUUUGGCCAGGAAGUUUUUCACGCUUUACAAACUGUGUGAGGAGCAGCUUUCUAAGCAGGUUCAUUAUGACUUUGGCCUGCGUAACAUUCUGUCAGUUCUUCGGACCUUGGGAGCAGCAAAACGAGCCAAUCCAAUGGAUACGGAGUCCACGAUUGUUAUGCGUGUGCUACGGGACAUGAAUCUUUCUAAACUGAUUGAUGAGGAUGAACCCUUGUUUUUGAGUUUGAUCGAAGAUCUCUUUCCAAAUAUUCUUCUGGACAAGGAAGAUUACCCUGAACUGGAAGCAGCAAUUAGUAGACAGGUUGAAGCAGCUGGUUUAAUCAGCCAUCCUCCUUGGAAGCUGAAGGUCAUCCAGCUAUUCGAAACACAGAGGGUGAGGCAUGGGAUGAUGACCCUGGGGCCCAGUGGGGCUGGGAAGACCACCUGCAUCCACACCUUGAUGAGAGCCAUGACAGAUUGUGGGAAACCACACCGGGAAAUGAGGAUGAAUCCCAAAGCGAUUACCGCCCCACAGAUGUUUGGUCGGCUGGAUGUUGCAGCAAAUGACUGGACUGAUGGGGUAUUUUCUACCCUAUGGAGGAAAACACUAAGAGCAAAGAAAGGGGAACAUAUCUGGAUAAUUCUUGAUGGCCCAGUAGAUGCCAUCUGGAUUGAGAAUCUGAAUUCUGUUUUGGAUGAUAACAAGACUCUAACCCUCGCCAAUGGCGAUCGGAUUCCUAUGGCUCCAAACUGCAAGAUCGUCUUUGAGCCUCAUAACAUUGACAAUGCUUCUCCUGCCACUGUCUCAAGAAAUGGAAUGGUUUUCAUGAGCUCUUCUGUCCUUGAUUGGAGUCCUAUUCUUGAGGGUUUUCUUAAGAAACGCUCGCCUCAAGAAGCAGAAAUUCUUCGUCAGCUGUACACCGAGUCUUUCCCAGACGUGUAUCACUUCUGUACCCAGAACUUAGAAUACAAGAUGGAGGUGCUGGAGGCCUUUGUCAUCAUGCAGAGCAUUCACAUGCUUCAAGGACUGAUUCCUCCAAAGGAGCAAGGCGGGGAGGUGAGCCGGGCACACCUGGGGCGGCUGUUCGUGUUCGCGCUGCUGUGGAGCGCAGGGGCGGCCCUGGAGCUGGAUGGCCGGCGCCGCCUGGAGCUCUGGCUGCGCGCACGGCCCGCGGGGACACUGGAGCUGCCGCCGCCCGCGGGCCCUGGGGACACCGCCUUCGACUACUUCGUGGCGCCCGAUGGUACAUGGACGCACUGGAACACACGUACCCAGGAAUAUCUGUAUCCGCCUGAUACCACCCCAGAGUAUGGCUCUAUUCUGGUGCCAAAUGUUGACAAUGUGAGGACUGACUUUCUAAUUCAAACCAUCGCUAAACAGGGCAAGGCUGUGCUGUUAAUUGGCGAACAAGGAACAGCCAAAACGGUCAUGAUUAAAGGAUUUAUGUCAAAAUAUGAUCCUGAAAGUCACAUAAUCAAGAGUCUGAACUUUUCUUCUGCAACCACCCCUCUGAUGUUCCAG